CCCGCAGACAGAAAGAGCUUGUGUGUGUGUGUGUGUGUGUGUGUGUGUGUGUGUGAGAGAGAGAGAGAGAGAGAGAGAGAGAGAGAGAGAGAGAGCUGAAGCUCGAUGGGUACGUGCUGUUGAGGAGUUAUGGCACUGACCGAAACCAAAUGCUGAGUGGAUUCCUGAGUCUUUUGGUCUGGACAUUUUGCCAGUAAGAGGGAGCAUACUUGGAAUUCAAUUGUACCUGUCAGCAUUUUGGGAAUGGUGCAACUGAUCCUAUUCCUGAGUGACCCUAUUCCCGAGUGACCCUAUUCCUUCCUGAGUGAAUUGUUUAAGUCUUUUGGCGCGGCCAUAUCCAGUGAGAGAGUUUUACUUGCAAUUGCAUUGUAGUAGUACCUGUGUCAGCAUUUCGACAACGUUGUUCCCAUUGGUUGGUUAGUUAAUGCGGUGUUAUCGUCUUCCCCUGAACGGUACGCAGCCUCAUUUUGGCUGCACGUGACCGGGAAUAUAGCUUGUAUACAUUCAUUAUGUCGGUGCCUAAUGUCUGUGUGAUAGGGCCAUGCCAUCGGCCACAAAAUGGUGAUGAUGAGGUAAUACUAUGGAGAGCGAAUGAUGUCCAUCAGAAUCUGCAGAAUAGACAGGACGAUUCUCACAAUCCAGGGGACAAUAAUGACACUGCUGCUGCUGCUGAUGAUGAUGAUGAUGAUGAUGAUGAUAAUGAAGAUGUUAAUCAUGACGACGAAGACAGAUGCUUGGACGUUCCGGUGUCAAUUCUCGGUCUCUUGAAAGGAGCCGUGAUGGAUGCUUUUGGCCCAAUUCAAAAGGAUUUUCCAGUAUAUAACGACCCCCUUGAGCCAGAUCUGAGGAAUGUCAGGUUUGACCUGGCCCCGUCAGCAAAACUGAGGUAUAGAAAAUGCCUUCAGAUCGACCUAAAGGAAAAAGGGGUGGUGAAGAUCGAUGUUAUUUGUGCUGACACUGCCUGGUGCCAGAAAUGUCGUCGUCACUUCCACAAGGAAACAGAUGCCGACUGCCCUGCCAAUCAGAAACAAAGAAGGGAUGAGGAGGACCCGGGCAAGGGCAAAGAGGAGGAGUUGGAUAAGCCCGGAGAGGAAGAAGACAUGGAGGAGGAAGACGGUAAAGGGAAAGAAGUAGGAAGGAGGAACGCAGGAAUGGAGAAAGGAGGAUCAUGGGUGGAAGUGGUGAAACGAAGAGGAGCGAAAAGUGAGCGGAAGCCAGGACAACCUUCUUUGGUGGAGAAGGAAUUAUUGAGAAGAGAGGAGGAGAGGAAACAGGCUGAGGAAAAGAAAAGGGACGAAGCGAAGAAACGGAGGGAAGAACAGGCCCGUGAGGAAGAGGAAAGAAGGGAAGAGGUAAGAAAGAGGAAGGAGAAGGAGGAGAGGGAGCGAGAAGAGGUUAAAAGGAGAGAAGAAGAAGAUGCUCGUGGGGAGGAGGAUAGAAGGGAAGAGGUAAGAAGGAGGGAGAUGGUAGAAAAGGAGGAGGAGAAGGAGAAGGAGAGAGAAGAGGUCAAAAGGAGAGAAGAGGAAAAGGCCCGGGAGGAGGAGGAAAGAAGGGAAGUGGUAAGAAAGAGGGAGGAGGAGGAGAUGGAAAAAGAGAGAGAAGAGGUCAUGCGGAGAGAAGAAGAAAAGGCCCGUGAGGAGGAGGAAAGAAGGGUAGAGGGAAGAAAGAGGGAGGAAGAGGAGAAGGAGGAGAGGGAGAGGGAGAAGAAGGAAAGGGAAGAGGUUAGGAGGGAAGAGGCAAAGGCUCGAGAGGAGGAGGAAAGAAGGGUAGAGGUAAGAACGAGGGAGGAGGAGGUGGAGGAGGAGAAGGAGAGGGAAGAGGAUAAAAGGUGUGAAGAGGAAAGCGUAGAAAUGGCAACAGAGGAAAGAGAGAGGAACGAGGCCGGGAAUAAAGAACAGGUGGUUUGCAAGGAGGAAGAAAAAAAGAGGGAAGAGAAGGAGGAGGAGAAGGAAAGGGAAGAGAUAAAUUGGGGAGAAGAGGUAAAAGGAAAAAUGGGUCCGGAGGAAAGAGAAAAGGACGAGGACGGGAUCAAGGAACACCAGGCUCGAAAAGUUGUGGAGGGCAUUGAUGUCACCAAAAAGUGGGAAGGAAUCCCGCUCAAAUUCUCCGGGGUGUUUCCCGCCACGCCCUUUGUGUUUCACGGGCCGUCCCAGCAGCCUACCGCGCCUAAGAACGUUAAGGCGCAUCAUGUAAAGCAGGAUGGGGUUACGUGGCAAUGGUUGGCAGAGGAACCCUCUUAGAGGAAAUCUGGCGAGCAAGGAACGCUAUGGUGUUUAAUAAAGAAAAAAUUUCAGU